CCCUUUUUUUCCUGCGGCCGCCGCCGAGUGUCAGUUUCAGCGCCGCCGCCUGCGGUCUCUCGGGUGCGGGCUCCCGGCCGUGCCGCGCUCCCGGCCGCCCCGCGCCCCCGCCGUCGUCCUCGCGCCUCCGCGCCUCCGCGCCUCCGCCGUAGCAGGCCCGCGCACCCGGCCCCGCCGAGCCGGCGCUGGCCCGGGUCCGAGCGGCCUCUGCUCCGCACGCAGAUGGCGCACGCGGCGGCUGCCGUGCCGCUGGGCGCGCUGGAGCAGGGCAGCCCCAUCCGCGUGGAGCACGACCGUCGGCGCCGCCAGUUCACCGUCCGGCUGAACGGAUGUCAUGACCGGGCCGUCCUGCUCUAUGAGUACGUGGGAAAGCGGAUCGUGGACCUGCAGCACACGGAGGUCCCUGACGCCUACCGCGGACGUGGCAUCGCCAAGCACCUCGCCAAGGCUGCUCUGGACUUCGUGGUGGAGGAGGACCUGAAGGCCCAUCUCACGUGCUGGUACAUCCAGAAGUAUAUCAAGGAGAACCCGCUGCCACAGUACCUGGAGCGCCUGCAGCCGUGACCCCGGCUCGCGGGGCAGGAGUGCUCCUGCCAGAUCCUUCCUCAUGGCCUUCACCCUGGCCCUCUGAGUGCUCUCAGGAAACCUGGACCCCACGGGGACAGACUCAGAGUUAUUUUUGUAAGGAUGCUCAUCUGUGGCCUGUGGAGGCAGCUGGCCGAGGAUGGGCAGCAGUCCAGUGACUGUGACCAAGGAAAGGCCAGGCAGCCGCAGUCCGGCAGCCCCCCUCUGCAGACGCUGGCCAGCUUCCCAAAAGGCCGCAUGUCCUGUUGUGGGCAGACCAGUGAGGGCCUCUCUCCAGGACCAGAACAGGAACAGGGGUGUCCCUGUGCCCAGUCUGGGUCCCACCUACUGUUCCCUGCUCUGUGAUUGGCAGGGGGCUGUCUUGGAAUCCUCCACCCGCCACCACUGCCUCUCCAUCUGUGUCCUUUCCGCAGAUGAGGAGGGUGUCCUGAGCUGAAAGGAGCAAUAAGAAACUGUGUGCCAACUUACGAGGGACACAGCGCAAGCUGUGGUUGCCACUAACGCUGCCCCUUCUCUUCCUCUGACUUGUGUGCCCUGGCAGGGGUCAGCGAGGGGCAGCCCUCCCUGAUGUGUGAGCCCAGGAAUGGAUAGACUGGGCACUGGUUCAGGCUCAACUGCACACAGGCAUGCGCACACGGGAUGCUGAGUGCCAAGCUAUGCAUUGGCUGAGAGGCUGAUGGGGGUGGUGCAUUGGCUGUUCUCUUCUUGGUACCAGUUCCCUUAACUCCUUGCCCCCUUGUCGGCCAGCUCUGCAGGAAACCAAGGUCCCUGUCCCCCAUGGUUGCCCUGCCGUCACCUUUUGCCUGUCUGCCAGGGGCCAGCUCCAGGUGCGGUCAAGCAUCUGGGAUGGGAGGGAGGCAAAUUGUCCUCAAAAACCAUCCUCACCACCCAAGAGAAAGAAACAUUUCUGUGGAGGGAUUUCCUUUGUGGCCACCAGACAUCAGAGCAUCUUUCUCUUGGUGAACUUGUCUGACUGGGGUCACAGGGCCCCUCCCAGACCAACCCUUCCUGGUAAUGGCUUGGGGGGCAUACCCCAGCGCCCUUUGUUUAACACCCAGCUUUUCUGGGGUCUUUGGGGGCUCAGGGUCCUAACCUCCUGUGUUCCGCUCCCCACAGGUCAAAGAGGAACCCAGGAGUCAGGGUCCCUUUGGGGCAGAGACAUAAGUUAACAGUGAAUCCCUGAGAGUGAUGUGUCCUGUCCGGUCCUCUGGCUGGGGAUGGGGGCUCAAGGAGAUGUGGGUGCUGGGGACACUUGUUAUCAUGGUGACUCCUCCCUUUAUCCGACUUGCUGCAGCAGAUGUUGGCUUCUGCUCACCUUUUCCACUCCUUCGUUCCUAGUCUCUACCGAGCCUCUCCCCCACUCCCUUGCCUCCCUCCACCGCAGCAGCUCAGGGCACUACCCCAGACGUUUGUGCACAGACACCUUCCUGCCCAGUGGCAGGAACAUCUCGCUGUGCACAUUCACACUCUGGCCUCCAGGAAUCCCCAAGAGGACUGAGGGCACCCCCUAGCUCUGUUUGCAAAGGGCUGUUGUGAGGGACAGGGAAGCCUCUGGGCCCCCACAUACUGGGAGUUGUGGGCCAGGAAGAAAUCACUGGCAGGAGGUGGGCUCAGCUGCUGGGUUUACUCCAAGGCUGGGAGUGUCCCAUUUCUGGCACAGUUUGAGAAAAGAGCGGGUUGUAGGCCCGAGAGUGGAAAAGCGAGCCAGCCCAGGGUCUGGGCCCUUUCCCUCCCUCCCUAGGCCCACCCCCUCCCCAUUCACACAUUCCUCCCCAAGUUUAAGCACAGACUCCUUCAUGAAAACUCUCCAGUGGCUCAGUGAGCUGAUGCUGUCUCCCCCUGCAGUCUGUGGGAUAAGGUGACCCAAUUCCAGGAGGGUGCCCUACACACAAGAGCCCAGGGAGCAGAGGCCAGGUGGCGCCAGGUGGGACCCAUUCCCUUCCCCACUGUGUCCCAGCCUGAACCUGUGUUCUCACAGCAGGCGACACGCCACGCCUGGGCCAGCAUGCACACAAAACACUUUUUACUUGAACCAGGAGUCAUGCAGGGUCUGGGGAGUGCUGCUCAGCCCUGGACCCAGGGACAGCUUGUCCCUAGUUUCUGCAGGUGUGACUUGGCCUCCUUUCCUCGGCUGCCUUAAAGUGCCACUGCACCGCUACAGGGGAUCUGCUGCUGUGGCAGCCUGGCCCUCAGGCUCCAGCACAGCCUUGAGGCAGCAGUGAUCACCUACUCUGCUUGGCUGGGGACUCUGCAGACCCUGGCCUGGAGACCCCAGCCCCCCUCAGCUGACACGGCCAAUUUUGCCAUGGCUGGCCUGCCCCUGGUGCUGUCCCCAUGUGUCUGGUGUCCCAGCCCCUCCUAUGUGUGCCCGGAUGCCCCAAGAUCCCUUGCUGAGGAGACGGAGAGGCGGGCGGGUAGGGGGGACCUUCCAGCAGAUUGUCCAAAGGCCCCAGCUCUCCUGUCACAUCUUGCUUUGUGGGUUUCUCUUUCUUGCCCGGUCAAAAUAGGUGGUAACUCAUGUGCCUUUCCUACUCAGGACCUGUUCCAGGUGAUGUCUGGGCCAAGGCUCCAGAACUCCCUUUGUUAUUUCUCAAACUCCUGAACAGAUUGCAUGACAUACAUUUCAAUAAAAGCUGUGGCCUAGCG